CCUCUACUGGCUCUUUGACCCUUUCUUGCACGGUGUACCAAAGACGCGUGCCAAGCAUGAACAGCCAAGCACAACCGGCCGGCACCGCCAAAAAUCGUCACUAUUCGCACCUUGCGAAGAGUCUGACGCGGCUCUCGCAGGAGGUCGCGCGCACAGCCGAUCUGUGCGAGCAGCUGCAGGUUGAUAUUCUGGCUUCGAGGACGUUGUCGGCUACUCAUGCUGCUCAGUUCAUCGCCGUGGCUGAAGAACUCAACCCGGAAGGUGCUGGCGAGGACGAUAAACAGGCCUGAGCUGUUGAGCUGCAGCUUCGAAUGGCUUUGCGCUGCGCACUCACAUGGCCCAGCAACGGAACAUAUGCUGUCCCUCCCGGUCUUGAAGCCUUCGUGAAUAACAUCGAAGGGCAACAUAUAUUCAGGCAUCGUACGAUUGCUGCAUACAUAUGGUCCAUCCGGCUACGCGUUUGGCGCCAUAUGCGCGAGCGUUGGAUCAACGCGUCGGGCAAGAGGAGCCCAACGGAAUGGGCACUCCGUAAUGACCGCGUUAUCGUGCGCUUCGGUUACGCAGUCACUAGCGUAUUUUCUGUCGAAGAAGAUGUGAAGAUGUGAGGUGGUGGGAGUUAGUAUACAGUGUAAGAUACUGAGAAAGCCGACGUUGCUUGGCC